AUGAAUCAAGACUUUGUGAAACUUGAGAGGUUUGAUGGAACCAAUUUCACAAGAUGGAAGGAUAAGAUGCUGUUCUUGCUUUCUGUGUUUAAUAUUGCCUAUGUUCUUGGUCAUAUGAAACUACCUCUUGUUGAACCAAAGGAGGAUGAAAGUAUAGAAGAAAAAAAAGCAACCUUUGAGAGUAAGAAGAAGAAAUGGAUAGAUGAUGAAUUUGCAUGCCGUGGGCACAUCCUCAAUACUCUUUCAAAUCAACUUUAUGAUCUUUAUAUGUCAAUCCAAUCUUCGGUUGAAAUUUGGAAGGCUCUAGAAGAAAAAUACAACACCAAGAGACAUGGUACGGUACAUGAAUUGCAAGUGCUUGCGAAUCAGCUCUGUGGUCUCAAAAUAGUAAUUCCAGAAUUACUCCAAGUGGGAGCCAUUAUAUCGAAAUUGCCUCUUGGUUGGAAUGAUUACUGGAAAAAGUUAUUGCAUAUGGCAGAAGAGUUCAUGGUUGAGAAAUUGCAAAGGCAUAUUCGCAUAGAAGAGGAGGCUCGGAAACGAGAUGCAAUGCAUGUUUUGAAUAGUUCUAAAGUGAACUAUAUUGAAAAUGAUAAUAAGAAUCAAAAGGAAAAACGUAAAACCUACGAUGAUGAUAGCUAA